GUCUUUGCUCAGUGUACCAUGGCGCCACCACCGACGACGAAGUAUAACUCCGUGCAACACGUGAAGCCGCCUCCCGAGAUAGUAAGCCGUCACCCAGCUGAACGCGCUGGUUUCGUGUCCAAAGCAUUCCUAGCGUGGGCCAGUCCACUGCUGCACGCCGGGAGCUUGCGUCGGUUGGACAUCCAAGACUUGUGGCCGCUCGAGGCGUCGAAUCAGAGCGUGACCGUGAGCUCUGCGUUCGAAAUAUGCUUUGUGCAAUCUCGUUCGGUCCUGUCCGCGUUCCUGUCGUCUCAUGGAGUCGCGGUGGCCGUGGUGGGGGCCAUGCAAGUGGUGGUCAUUUCCAUGACGUAUGUCGGGCCGAUAGCCGUCAAGCAGAUCCUCCAAGCGAUCGAAGGGUCGGACUUCCACAUGAUGGUGGUUGUGCAGGCUCUUGUCAUGCUCGUGGCAUCUAAAAUCGUGUCAGCCUUUGUGACCGCCCAUGCCGACUUGAUCACCCAGCGCAUGGUGCUUCGAACCACGUCGGCAUUGCAACACUUGCUGUUCCUCAAGACAUUGCGCCUCGAUGCCACGCGGCGCCGCGAAAAGACCGCUGGGGACAUUGCGAACCUCUUUUCGUCCGACAUGCAAUGGAUCACUGCGUUUGCGACCACGGUCAACCAGGUGUGGACUGCGCCGGUGCGGGUGGUUGUGACGCUCUUGAUGCUGUACAACGUGAUCGGUUGGGCCGCGUUCGUCGGUUCGGGAGCUCUGGCGUUGGCGUUUGCGAUAAACCACGGCAUCACGAUUGUACAGCGUCGCAUUUUGGCCACGUACAUGGCCAAGAAGGACGGCCGGAUGAAGGCGGUCGCCGAGAUCUUUGGCAACAUGAAGGUGGUCAAGUUGCAAGCCGAAGAAGUGCGGUUGGAAGCCAAGGUGACGGCGUUGCGUCACGCGGAGAUGCAGACGCUGGGUACGUAUGUGCUGGCAGAAGCAACGCAAACCGCGUUGCUCUUCACCACGCCGGUACUGGUCACGCUCGUGUCGUUCUAUACAUACACGAUAGUGAUGCAGGAAACCCUGAGCGUGAGCAAGAUCUUCACGGCCAUGUCGCUGUUCUCGCUGCUCAAGUACCCCAUGAUGGGGCUGCCCCAAGCCAUCGUCGCGCUCAUGCAAGCGCUGGUGGCCGUAGACCGCAUGGAGGAAUUCCUUAAUUAUGAUGACAAGCCAGUGUCAGCUACCGCCCCUAUCACCGGCAGCUCGCAACCGGCGAUUCAAGUGACCGACGCAACGUUUGGCUGGGAUGCGAAGACAAGUGUGUUUCGCAGGUUGUCGCUUCGGAUUGGGCGGGGGGAGCUCGUCGUGCUGCAUGGUGCUGUGAGCCAAGGCAAGUCGUCCCUGUGCGCGGCCCUUCUGGGCGAAAUGGUCACCCAGUCGGGGGCCGUCGCGCUUCGCGGGUCCGUCGCGUACGUACCGCAGCAACCGUGGAUCCAGCACAUGACCAUCCGCGACAACAUUUUGUUUGGUCAGCCCUAUGACCGCGUCAAGUAUCACCGAGUGGUCGACGCGUGUGCGCUCACGAGUGACUUCGCGUCGUUCCCGGCGGGCGACCGCAUGGAAAUCGGUCAAAAGGGUGUGAAUUUGUCGGGGGGGCAGCAGGCGCGUAUCAGUUUGGCGCGGGCGUGUUACAGUGACGCGGAAAUUUUCAUUUUGGACGCGCCCCUUGCCGCGCUCGAUGCGUCCGUGCAGCGCCAAGUGUUUUCCAAGUGCAUUCUCGGCCUUCUCGCGCACAAGACGGUACUUCUCGUAUCGCACAACGUUGACGUGAUCACGUCACCCGCCGUGAACCAAACGAUGGAACUCGUGGACAAUGGCACGGUGGUGCAGACUGUCGUGUCUCCAAAACACAUGGAGCCAGAAUUCGAACCAACGCUUUCGUCGCCGCCGUCUGCGUUGAUGCAUGAAGCGGAAGACGAUUACAACGCCCGCACCGACACCGCGGCCCUGGAAGGCCUCAAUUUGCUCCGAUCUCCAGUGCCCAUGCCGCCCAACACUCCUCUCUUCGUCGGAGACAUCGACGAUCACCAAGCCGACGUCGAUGAGCAACGCAUUCUCUCUGGCAAAUUGAUUGUCGAGGAAUCCAGAAGCGAAGGACGGGUGAGCGGCGCCGUGUUUUGGACGUAUGCGCAAGCUUGUGGGGGGUGGCCUCUGCUGGUCGUGCUCGGUUCCCUUUUGCUGUCGUACUCGGGGGUGCAAGUCGCGAGCGAUUUGUGGCUCAGCCGAUGGAGCAACACGGCGUCCAAGGUGUCGCCUGAGACGUUUCUGGCCGAGUCCAGCUACUACUUGACCGUGUACAGCCUGCUCGUUCUCACGGGGUGUGGGGUCGCCGUCGGUCGCGCUGCGUUGUCCUGGGCCGCCGGACUCGCGGCGUCGCGAGUGUUGUUUGACCGGAUGACGGCGGCGUUGUUCCGGGUGCCAAUGGCGUUCUUCGACACGAAUCCCGUCGGGCGGGUCUUGAAUCGAUAUGGUAACGACAUGACGGCUAUUGAUACGCGCAUCCCAAGUCUCGCCGGCGCGUUCUUGACGCUGACGGUCAGCAGUGCAUUCGCGGUGGGCACGAUGGUGUGGGCUAUGAAGAGCAUGGCGCUGCUCAUCGUGCCCCUGCUCGUGUACUACUACCGGAUGGCGUCGUUCUACCUCCAGUCCGCCCGCGCCAUCGAGCGCGUUAACACAGUGACCAAAUCCCCCCUGUUGAACUUGACGGCGGAAAUCAUCGACGGCGCCCACGUCGUCCGCGCCUUUGGCCCCCACCACGUCGAACGACUUGUGCGGUUGCAUCACGCCAACGUUGACCGCAACAACCAGUCGUUCUACACGGCCAAGGUGGCCAACCAAUGGUUCAUUCUGCGCACACAGCUCUUCAGCGCGUGCAUGAUGCUGUUCCUCGGGCUCGCGCUCGUGGUCAUGCGGGGGUACUUGAGCCCAGGGGUCGUGGGCCUCAUCCUCAACUACAGCUUCCAGAUCUUCCCCGUUUUGGAGAUGGUGGUGUUUAUCUGGUCCAUUCUAGAGACCCAAAUGGUCGCCCCCGAGCGCAUUGUCGAGUACAUGGCUCUCCCCAGUGAACCCAUGCGCGUGGUGCCGGGGGCCGUCUCGCAAUUGUGGCCGUCUAGCGGGGACAUUGUGUUUGAAAACGUGAGCUUCCGGUACAAAGCUACCGAUCCGUUGGUGCUCAAGAACGUAUCCGUGCAUAUUAAGGGGGGCGAAAAGGUCGGACUUGUGGGGCGCACGGGCGCUGGCAAGUCGAGUCUGACCAUGGCGCUGUUCCACAUGCACGGUGUGGCAGGGGGGUGUAUUCGAAUCGACGGCGUCGACAUUACGUCCGUGGGGGUGCACACCCUUCGCAGCCGACUGGCCAUCAUCCCUCAGUCCCCCGUGCUUUUUCAAGGCACGCUGAGAAUGUAUUUGGACCCGAACGACGAGUUCACGGACGACCAACUGUGGGCGAGUCUGCAUAAAGUGCAGUUGGCCCACCGAUUCAACGGAGGCAAAAAGCUGGAGUGGGCCGUGGACGAAUGCGGCGCCAACUUUAGCGUCGGCGAGCGGCAGAUCCUGUGUCUGGCCCGCGCCUUGCUUCGUCAAGCGAGGGUGGUUGUGCUGGACGAAGCCACGGCGGCCACAGAUGCCGCCACCGACCGCCACCUGCAGCAGCUGAUCCGCACGGAAUUUGAACAUUCGACGGUGCUGAUCAUUGCGCAUCGGCUGGCGUCUGUGCGGCACUGUGACCGCAUCAUGGUGUUUGAGAAGGGCCAUGUUGUGCAAUGUGAUGCCCCCGACGCUUUGUUAGCCAAAGGUCACGGCGCCUUUCACGACCUUAGCAAUGCAGACAGCAGUGUUGAGCUUUAAUAUAUCACUUUGGUAUGCCGGUACCACUGUUAGUCCAACCAGAACAAGAA